GUGCGCACUGCGCGACAGCCUGAACUGGUUGGUGGGGGGGGCGGAGAUACCGAUCCCUGAGUGUCGUUUUGGCAAGUCUCUGGGUUGGAGUUUUGGCAACUCCGAGGGGUGUGGGAGAGGAGCUGGGGAUCCUCCUGGCGGCCACGGGACCAGGUUAAGUAGCGGCCGGGACAGUGGUCGAAAGCCGGGCGCGGCAUGUCCCUGGUGCCGCGGUGCUUAGAGUGAAGCGCGUGGCGAUCAGGAUGGGCCGGCGCCGGGCGCCAGAGCUGUACCGGGCCCCGUUCCCGUUGUACGCGCUUCAGGUCGACCCCAGCACGGGGCUGCUCAUUGCUGCAGGAGGAGGAGGCGCUGCCAAGACGGGCAUAAAGAAUGGCGUGCACUUUCUACAGCUAGAGCAGAUUAAUGGGCGCCUUAGUGCCUCCUUGCUACACUCCCAUGACACAGAGACACGGGCUACCAUGAACUUGGCUCUGGCUGGUAACAUCCUUGCUGCAGGGCAGGAUGCCCACUGUCAGCUCCUGCGCUUCCAGACCCAUCAGCAGAAGGGCAAAACCAAGGUAGAGAAGGCAGGUUCCAAGGAGCAGGGGCCUCGACAGAGGAAGGGGGCUGCCCCAGUAGAGAAGAAGCCUGGAGCUGAAACCCACCAGGAGGGGAUAGAGCUGAGCGUAGAGAAUUUGAAAGCCGUGCAGACAGACUUCAGCCCUGAUCCGUUUCAGAAAGUUGUAUGCUUCAACCACGAUAACACACUGCUUGCCACUGGAGGAACAGAUGGCUACGUUCGUAUCUGGAAGGUACCCAGCCUAGAGAAAGUUCUGGAGUUCAGAGCCCACGAAGGAGAGAUUGAGGACCUGGCUUUGGGGCCUGAUGGCAAGUUGGUAACUGUGGGCUGGGACCUUAAGGCCUCCGUGUGGCAGAAGGAUCAGCUGGUGACACAGCUGCACUGGCAAGAGAAUGGACCCACCUUUUCUAACACGCCUUACCGCUACCAGGCCUGCAGGUUUGGGCACGUUCCAGACCAACCUACCAGGCUGCGACUCUUCACGGUACAGAUUCCCCACAAGCGUCUGCGCCAGCCCCCACCCUGCUACCUCACAGCCUGGGAUGGCUCCACCUUCUUGCCCCUUCGCACCAAGUCCUGUGGUCAUGAAGUCAUCUCCUGCCUUAGUGUCAGGUGUGACAGUGGUGGCUUGACCGGUUGCGGGGUGCCUGGGGGAGCUCGGGAAGUUGUCUGGUCUGAGGCUCUGAAGACCACUCUUCAUGAAUGUUGCCGCACAGGCCUCCAGAACAGUGAACACUUUAUUGUUUGUUGCAGUGAAUCAGGCACCUUCCUAGGCCUGGGCACAGUCACCGGCUCUGUUGCCAUCUACAUAGCUUUCUCUCUCCAGCGCCUCUACUAUAUGAGGGAAGCUCAUGGCAUUGUCGUGACGGAUGUGGCCUUUCUACCUGAGAAGGGUCGUGGUCCCGAGCUCCUUGGGUUCCAUGAAACUGCCCUGUUCUCUGUAGCUGUGGAUAGUCGUUGCCAACUGCAUCUGCUGCCCUCACGGAGGAGUGUUCCUGUGUGGUUGCUGCUCCUGCUCUGUGUCGGGCUUAUUGUUAUGACCAUCCUGCUGCUUCAGAGUGUCUUUCCAGGUUUUCUUUAGCCUUUCUGCUCCUAGGGAAUCAGAAGCCUGGACACUGCCACCUUCUAGACCAGAGUGGAGGUCUGGACCCCAUUGCUUACUCCACCUGGGUCCCCAGUUGGGGUUGCUUCUGAUGAUACAGAUGGGUACUGCCUGCCCUGCCCAGUGAAAACUUGGCUAUGGUCCUGUGUGACUCUGAAUCCUGGGAACCAUUCAUUCUUCAUCCAUGUAUCGACCCAGGACAGUGGUAUCUGAAGCCCAGACCACACUCCCUGCAUCCUUCCCUCUAACAGAGGCUCCAGAGCUUGUCCUUUCUCCAGAAACAUGUGAAGAUGCGCAAGAACCCAGAGGUACUGCUGUCCAUCACUUGUUCUUUACAUGAGCCCCUGGUGUUUGCUGGGGCAAGCCCUGGCCUAGGACUUGCAAUCUGGGAAGGAAGGAGCAAAAGGAAGACUCAAGCAAUAAUCUCUGGGUCCAGCUGGUAACUCUGAACCAGCUAGGCUUACAUAUACGAGAAGUUCCUGGAUGGUCUACUCUAGCUUUGAGGAAAGGGAAAAUGAACCUCAGCCCAUUCUUCAGGAAAAGUUGAUAUUUAAUAAAUAAGUGAAGACGGAAUUAAGA